ACCGCCCCCACAAGUGUCCGAAGUGUUGGCACUCGUACAAACACCGGACGUCUCUCAGGAAGCACAUGAAGUGGGAGUGCGGCAUGAGCCCGCAGUUCCAGUGCACGUUUUGCUCGUACGCGCCGAAGUAUAAAUACCACUUUAUCACCCAUCUGGUCACCGUGCAUAAACUGUCCAUAGCGGACGUGAGGACCCACUUGAAGAAAGAACACUGAACAAUCUCGAUUUUUGUUUGUUAUAGUUUGUGUUGUUUGUUACUUAAACAGCGACUUUCGUGUCCCAGUAGCGGCGUUUUAUUUCAUUCGCCCGCGCCAGUUUCAACUUUUGACCGAAUUCUCUUUCAGCCCCGUACAAGUGUACAAACUGCGCCAACUCCUACCGGCAUGCCGCCAGUCUGCACAGACACGUGAAACACGAGUGUGGGAUACCGCCCCAAUUCCACUGCACCAAGUGCUCGUACGCAAGUAAACGAAAGAGUAACUUUGAACGCCACCUGUUGCUCGUGCAUCAGUCCAGACAUUAGUCGGUUCUUCUUCGAGACGCGCGAAUCCAACGGACCGCGCACCUUCCACUGCUCCCUGUGCGGCUACUCCUCAAGCUACAAGCAAAACCUCAUUCGCCACAUUGUACUUGUACACAAGAUCCCCAGACGCGACCUUAAAUAAAGUCUUCUUUCCAAACGCGUCUUUUUUUUGGGUGCUCACUUUAUGUCGCUUUUCGCCGGGUGUCCUUACUUGUAUUAACUUGUCGCUUGGUUGUAGACCGGCCCUACAAGUGCCCCACUUGCUCCAACAGAUACAUGCACAAAAGCUCGUUGAGCACGCACCGCAAGUGGGAGUGCGGGAUGUCGUCGCAGUUCAGAUGCCCUCAGUGCAGCUACGCCUCGAAGCACAAACACAACUACGCCAGACACAUGAUGGUCGUGCACAAAUUACCCAAGCACCAGAUCGUGGUACCGAAGAGUACGCGACACCCUGAGUGCGAAUAAAGAAAUAACACUGAAUUUGUGUUUCCUUGUUCUUGUACUAACCGUUUUUUUAAGCGCGCCGAGUCAAGAGGAGCCCACAGUUCGUAUCAAAGCUUUAGGCAUGUGCACAGACGUGUAGAAGUACUUUGAAGUAGAUUCUGUUGUCUUUGUGUUGCCGUUUUGCGAGGGAUACAUGUUAACAGUGACUUUUUUCAGACUCUAGCUACCCGACUUUUAUUACUGAAAGUGGGCGGCACGCUUGUGGGCGCUGCGGCUCGCACUACAAGCGCAAAGGCCACCUGCGACGCCACCUGAAGUACGAGUGCGGCGUCGAGCCCAAGUUUCAGUGCAAAGUGUGUCUGAAAAAGUUCAAGCAUAACUCGCACUUGCAGACGCAUUCGAUGCGCCACGGCCUGGGGACUGUAAUCUAAUAAAGAUUGCUGGAAAGCGGGCGUUUUAUUCAAAUUAAGCUAAAGGUACCAGAAACGGCAUACUGCGGAUUCGUCUGUACCCGAUUUUCCUGGUGUUCCCGGUGAGAUAGAGGUGCAAAACGUGGGGAGGGGGUACCCGAGGGUGACCUUUUCACUUUUCGGGGGUCGGUCCGGCCGGCGGACCAAGUGCCUGCAAUAGGUCCCAUUGAUCAUGAAAAGGCAAUUGAAAAAGCUGUACCCUGAUCUUCCCCCUGCCUGUUCCUUGUAAAAUAAAGGUGCAAAUUGCCUGUUUGUAUUUCGUGCGAGACGAUAAAGGCCCCCUGUCGCUGUUUCGUCCCUGCCUUCUGGUGGCCACUUACUAAUCUCGGUCUUUUUCAGCCGACCUGCGUUUUUUGCACAAGUCGAUAAAAAUGAACUCGACCGGGCUAUACGUGUGUCCCAACUGCAAAAAAACCUACAAGUUCAAGUCGUCGGUCUACACCCACUUGCGGAACGACUGCGGCAAAGUGCCCCGGUACCACUGCUCGGUUUGCAACUUCUACUGUAAAUUCUACCACGUCCUGCAAAGACAUUACCUUUCCAACGCCCACCGAAAUAAAGAAAUGUUCCUUGUACAAACGCACAGAUAGUGUAAAUAGAGACUGUAAAUAAACUCUUAUUACAGUAUGUUAGAUCCGGGCCCGUUUGUUUGUAGCAAUUGCGGAAGGUCUUACAAGCGUAAGAGCUCGCUGUACAACCACAGGAGGUGGGAGUGCGGGAAGGAGCCCCAGUUUAAGUGUUCGUACUGCCCGUACAAGGGCAAGCAGAAAAUACAUUUCGUCAUGCACGUGAUGGCCAAGCAUAAGGAGCACAAGCACGAGGUGCUGGGCGCGUCGUACAAUAAGUAGAGUGCAAACGGUGACAGUAAUAUAGACGGUUUCGGUGCAAUCAAUAUAUUUUUAUAAUCAUAGGAAUGUACAUAAGCAUAGUAGCAGAGCGAAGGAAAGACAAUUUUAGGUUUUGGUUUGACAUAUUGUAUUUAUUUUAACCGUAAGAGCAUUUAUUUUAUAAAAAUUUUUUUGUACAACUUUUUGAUAAAUAAAUCAGUCUGUGACACGUGCGUGAGUUUCUGCACCCCCCGCAACCCCGCUCGAAGCCCCAUAAUGACGAUCUUUUUUUUAGGUGGGUGCGAGACGCCGUUCCCGUGUCCCAUAUGCGGACGACGGUACAAGUACAAGUCCAACAUGACCUUCCACAUGAAGAAGUGCGGCAAAGAAAAGAGAUUCCAGUGCCAAAUUUGCCAGAAAAAGUUCACGUCGAAGUACGCGUGGCAAAGGCACAAUAUCGUUUUCCACCAAGAGAAAGUCCUGCCCGAAGCGCAAACUCUGGCGGCCGUUUGCUUGCGACUGCGGCCGGAGCUACAAGCACCAGAGGAAUCUGUGGCAGCACAAGCGCUUCGACUGUGGCAAAGAGCCGAGGUUUCAGUGCCCCGAGUGCGUGGCGAAAUUCAGGACGAGGUACAACCUCAGAAUGCACUUGGGCACGCAUAGCAAGAAGACGCCCGAUAAAAAGUGAACGCAAAUCGGAGUAUCUCGAAUUUGAUAAUAUAUUGAUACCUCCAAGCUUGCAAAACCUGCUGCUCAACCCGGCCAAAAAAUACCGCAAACACGGCGAAAACGGCCACUCGAUGCGCAAAUUCAAAGUGUUGGCGAACCAGUCAGUCCGGCCCGGCUAUAGCAAGGAGUCCCUUUUCGCGUGCCGCCAUUGCGGCAAGCGGUACCGAUGGAAAUCGACCAUGCGCAGGCACGAGCAGGUCGAGUGCGGCGGUAAGGAACCCAUGUUCCAGUGCCCGCAGUGUCCCUACCGGGCCAAGCAGAAGGGCAACCUCGGGGUCCAUAUCCGCAAGCACCAUCCGCAGCUGAUGAUGCUCAACGAUUCCAUCGUUCCAAAGGCUGAUGUCAAGUCGGACUAGUGUUCAAUUAUAGUACAAUUUAGAAGACUCGGGUGGGGGCUGGUCUUCCGUCGUCCGGACCCGGGGGGCUCUCGUUCGCUCAGCGCCUAGUCAGUCGGGUCCGCGUUUGAGGAUUGUUAGGUAAUUUUGUCCAACCGGGACGCUUCAGAGUUCAAAUGGCAAUAUUUUCGUACUUGGAGAGUGCAAUUUGGAUUGAGUGCAAUAGCGAUUGCAGCAAUAGUACCAAGUGCCUUUAUGCAAUAAAUUCGGAAAAUUAUGUACCUAUGGGAUAUUUAUAUUGGUAAUUGUUUAUGUUAUUAUUAUACCGUCCUUGGAGGGCAUUUAUCAAAAUGUUGUCUUUAAGAAUAUUUUUAUUUUGUUUUUAAGUUUUUGUUAUUUAGUUGUGACCGGGGGCUCUUGCCUCUCGAUCCCGUUGUUUUUCUUUUAGGUUAAAUUUUGGUUAGACUAGUUCAAAAUAAUAUAUUUUUGUUCACGUAGUGAAGUAGUCAUAUUUUUAUGUAUUUUUAUUUUAUGGGGUUUGGACUAAUAAAAGAUGGAACUAAAGCCGGCGUCUCUCUUACUCGCGACCCACGCUUUGGCCUGACGUAACACGAGCUUUUUUUUCAGACUUUCGCUACGAAUGCGCCACUUGCGGCAAACGCUACAAGCACGGCCCUUCCCUGUACAAACACUCCAAAUACCAGUGCGGCAAAGAUGCCCAAUUCGUGUGCGCCCUUUGCCCUUGCAGGUUCAGGAACAAGUGGAACCUGAAAAUACACCACCGAAAGAACCACGCCCUUUAGUUUAUGUAUCUCGUAGCUAAAUAAACACCUUCCUCUUCACCCUUCUAAUCUCCUCUAUUUUUAGACCUUAAACUUACGUGUGAUCAAUGUCGGACGACGUUUCGACGAGUGUACGACCUGAGGAGGCACUACCGGGAGCAGCACGACUGCUUCGUGGAGCGCACGUGCAGCUUCUGCCAGAAGAAGUUCAAGCGGAACUACCACCUCAAAAGACACAUCUUGCAAUGUCAUUCUCAUGUUAAUGCAAAACUAGAAUAGAAAUAAAGUAUUUUCACAAUAAUUGUAAUUGUGUUUUUUUUUUGUGGGGCGAGGUGAGUCGAGGUCUUACUAAUGCGGCUUUUUCUAGGUGACACCGAGUGCAAGCUUUGCCAUAAGCAGUUCGGACGCACGUACGAGUUGCGCAGGCACAACCGGGAGCAACACAGUCCGCAGAAGUACACUUGUUUGUAUUGCAACAAAAACAUGAAGCGGGCGUACCUCUAUAAGCAACACAUGGCCCUAAACCAUUCUAGUAUAUAAGGACAAUAAAUUUUCCUAUUGUUUUUACAAACGGGUUUUAAUGGUACUCUUCCGACGUUUCGUGCCAAGUUUUUUUUUUUUUGUUUGUCCACUCAAUACGUGAAUGCCAGUCGCUCACUUGGAAUCUUUUUAGGUACUUUCCAAUGCGUAAGCUGUGAUAGGAACUACAAGUCAAAGACGGCUCUCAACCGCCACAUUCGGUACGACUGUGGAAAAGAACCCCUCUUCCAGUGUGCUCACUGCGUUUACAGAGCAUACCAGAAGAUCCACCUUCGCAAACACUUGGCGAAGCUGCACGGUGUGAUUUUAUAGACACAGCCCCCUAUUUCUGUAUUUUCUGAAUAAACUAUCGUUUUAUAAAAAAAACUGUGUCUGCAUGCACCACGACGUGUUAGCAAAACUCCAGUGACUUUUCUUUUUCUAGACGGGCAACGAUAUUAUUGUCCCAACUGUUGCAAGGGCUACAAAAAUCACAAAACUAUGAGGUACCACGUUACUCAAGAUUGCGGCAAGAGUAAAAAGUUCGUGUGUAAGAUGUGUCCGUUUGCAUGCAAGAGAAAAUUUGCUUUGAACAGACAUGUGCUGAGAAAGCACCGUGUUUAGUACUUAGUGUUUAGGUAGACAAUAAAGAGACUAGACAAUCGUGUGUUUCCUUUCUUUUUUUUUGGACUUGUCUAACCGGUGGUACUUUUAGGCAAAUACCCUUGCCCCAAAUGCGAGCGAGUCUACAGCCACCAUACGUCACGCAAUCGCCACCUUAAGUACGAAUGUGGAAAAGAACCGACGUUCUCGUGUAGUUCCUGUCCGUACAUCGCGAAAAGAAUAGGACACCUUAAGACGCACAUGACGAGGAAACACCACAUUACUUUUGUUUGAUUGACUUGGAGUACCAUUUUGUAAUAAAAUUUGAAAGUAGCAGCGCGUUUUAGUUACGUAUUUAGUGUGGCACGAAGAUCAUCAAGACAGAAAAAGUACCCAAUCUUCUCGGUCAGGGUUGUUAGUUUCGUUUUUUCUUGUGUUUCUUGGACAGGGUGAUUGGAAGGUCCGUUAAAUGUUGCUUUAAAUGUUGAUCGCGCGAGUUUCAAGCUCAAUUUUCACUGUACCCUUUCUAGGUGGUCGCUUUGCCUGCCCGCGCUGUCCUAAAAUCUACAAGCACCAACAAUCCAGAAACACCCACUUGAAAUACGAAUGUGGCAAGAACCCACAGUUUCCGUGCGAGAUCCCUUUCUGUACCUACAGAGCUAAGCGGCGUUGCACUCUCAGAGCACACAUGCAAAAUACUCACCAUCCUGUCAAUCAAUAAAGGAUCUGUGUACAUUACUUGUUUCAUUUUUUCUUCUCCUUCAGGUAAUAGCUUCUAACUUUGUUAUCUUUAGGGCCGCUCGUCGCAAGAGGAGGUGGUACCGAAAUCGUCUUCACCUGUACCCAGUGUGACUACUCUUCCAAAAGAAAAAACUCUCUGUUAACCCAUGUACUUUUAAAGCACAAAUUUCAACAUUUUUUGAACAAUUAAAUAGUUGCUCACGUAAUAAACAAUUACGUUUUCAGGUUCUUUUCCGUGCCCUCAGUGCAACCGAAAUUACGCCACGAUCAGUACCAGAAACAGGCACUUGAAGUUCGAGUGCGGGAAACUUCCGACGUUCAAGUGCACUUUUUGUCCUUACAUUACCAAAAGGAAGUGCUCGUUGAAGACUCACACGCACAUUAAACACCCCUUCGUGGCUUCCAGUUCCCAGUUCUUUUGAGGACCACGUGUAUUUUUUCGUACAAUAAAGGAUUUCUUCGCAGUGUUUGUUUUUGUGGGGGUGCGACUAUUCAGUAAUCUUAAGCUAUGUCUUUCACGUGGUUGCAUUCACUUCACUAAAUGGUCUUUCAGGCAUUUACCCCUGCCCCUUGUGCCCGAGACACUACAGCACUGUAGCUUCCAGAAACCGCCACGUUAAGUUCGAGUGUGGCAAAAAGCCGUCCUUCAGAUGCGAAGCACCUGGGUGCAGUUACGUGGCGAAGCGAAAGUACACCCUAAAGCAACACAUGCACAUAAUUCACAAACUGUCGUUGUAGAAAUAAAAGUACUCUGUCGUUGUAUUUAUUUUUUCCUUUGUUGUUUGGUACCCGGUGAUAAUAUUAACCGCCUGUGUCAGUUGUAGGUAAUUACCCCUGCCCCAACUGCAACCGACUUUAUAGUCACGCUGGCACGAGGAGUCGCCACGUCAAAUACGAAUGUGGAAAGCAACCCUCUUUCAAAUGCCCCAUACCACCAUGCUCUUACUCCGCCCGGCGAAAGUCAACCUUGAAGGUCCACGUGAUACACAAACAUGGAUUCAAAUACCAAAAUUUCGUUACAUAGAUCUGUAGUCUUUUGGAAUAAAAAUGUUCAAAGUAGUCACUACCCCUGCCCUAAAUGUAAUAAGAUUUACAGCCACUACGCGUCGAGGUACAGGCACGUCAAGUACGAGUGUGGGAAACUACCGUCCUUUAAGUGUCCCUAUCUCAACUGUCCCUACAUCGGGAGGAGGAAAAGCCACCUAAAUCUGCAUGUCGCGAAUCGUCACUUGUUGCGCUGAUCCAAUUUUUACUUUAUUCUGAGUGUAUUAACUAUUAAAUAAAAGCAACUUUAGACUAAGGCCCGUUACGUCACUGUCGGGCACCAGUUUUUGACGCCCUUUCAACAGCAGCAGGCGAGUGUUUUUUUUAUUUAAUUGCUUGUAGCCCGAGUUCCCAGUUGUGUCGAAAACACUACGUGAAGACAAUGAUUCUUUCCGAGUAUGUCGCUGUCCUAUUAAUUUUCUCUUCUUCGCUUUUAACGCUUGCAGCCCGUUUGGAGCACCUAUUAAACGACCCCAUUUUCAGAUUGCAUGUACCGACCCUUAGGCCAGCGCAAAUCGUUCGAGUGCCUAAUGUGUGGAAAGUCGUACAAAUUCCGGCAGUCCCUCUAUAAACAUAAAACUUUCGAGUGCGGCAAGCCGCCCUCCUUCAAGUGUCCCUACUCGUACUGCUCGUACAAAGGCCGAAGAAAAUCGCACCUAGACUCGCACAUCCGGAGCAGGCAUUCUUGUUAAAACUUGUACUUGGUUUACCCCAUUAAACAGUUAUUUCCAA